CAAAAAUGUCUUACACUUUUUUCAAUGGGAUUUCUCAUGUACGUGGAUUACCAGCCAGACUAAUCGUUUCCCAGCUCACUAAAACUGUGGGAAUAAGAGUAGCCUCUGGUAAAACCAGCUUUAAAGUCCUUGAUGGCUCCAUUGAUAAGAACAGUCCAGUAUUUCUUUCAAGACUUCCAGGCAGAGAAAAAAUGCACAAGUCUUACGAAGAGUUUACUAACUUAGCGCUGCAAGGAGGCGGUGAAAAAGCGAUCGAAAGGCACGUCAAACGGAACAAAAAGCUCCUAGUUAGAGACAGGCUUAGUAAACUGCUCGAUGAUGGCACAGAUUUCCUUGAGUUGUCGCAGUUUGCAGGGUUUGAUCUUGAGUAUGGUGAUGUGCCCAGUGCUGGGGUUGUGACAGGGGUUGGGCAAGUGUCCGGGCAACUGUGUAUGAUUAUAGCAAAUGAUGCGACUGUUAAAGGUGGAACUGUUUAUCCCAUAACUGUGAUGAAGCAGCUAAGGGCACAGGAGAUUGCCGAAGCCAACAAACUUCCUUGUAUAUUUCUUAUAGACUCUGGUGGAGGCUUCCUACCUUUACAGGUAAGGUUACAAUAAAAAACGUUCCUAAUAAAUAUUCUUCCGUGUCUGUCGAGGCACUGCCCCCUCUCACUUAAAGAUGACGGAAUCUGAAUCCUCAAAUUUUUGUUUGGCCUGCUUUUGAAAAUGACAUCCAAAAGGUUCCUUUUUGCUUGAAAGAUUUGUCCAAAGGGUCAAAAUUUUGUUGGCUUGUUUGAAGAAAAAAUCAAAACUUCGCCUGUUCAAAAACCUGUCUACCUUACAGGGGGCGGCGGAGGGAGGGAGGGGGUAUGGGGGGCUGGAUAAAAAAAAGGAACAUCCCCUUCCCAAGAGCAGUACAAAUUUUAUUUCCUUACUUGAAAAUUGCCCCAUCCAAAGUUUGAACAGAAUUUUUAGGGGAAAUAUUAGUUUGUAUUCACAAAUCAUAGUCCCAGUUAAAGAAAUUUCUAAGCGACUCUCUCUCCAGUCCCAGGGAAAGAGAUCGCAUUCCUCUGUAGUUGCUUAGUGUUGCAGAUAGGUAAAGUCAUCAAAUAGCAUGAUACAAAAGAUCAACAAAAUGGUGAACAAUACCGACACACCACAAAAGAACAGCUAACCAACAAUAGUUUCCACAACACCUAGAAACACCCCAUUUUUCCAGUCCAAAAUACAGCCCCAGUUUUCAUGAAAAUAAAAGCUGUGUUAUAGUAUACAUGUAGAAUAUCUCUCACAGCAGAUCAGCCAGCAGAUUGCAUUAACUAACGUAACUGAAUGAAUCUGUCUUAAAACAGGCUGAUCUUUUCCCGGAAACUGGUGGACGAACAUUUUUCAAUCAGGCUGUGAUGUCAAUGAGAGGAAUUCCAAUUGUAAGUGAGGUUAUAUUUUUUAGUACCAGUAAAGCAAUACAGUUUGUUACAAGGGCUCUGGUUUUUCACUAUGUUUCUUAGCCUUUUUUAUCAUCAUAAUAAUUUUAUUACUUGCUGAGAUCUCCUCUUUUUCAGUGCUUCCGAUUGGUUAAAAAUUUGCUUUAGCCAAUUGGAAACACCACCCAGAUCUUUGUAGUGAUGAGUCAUCAGGAUGGAAUUUUUGUACUUAUUCCACAGAUGUCAUUUUGUGGGGAAAUCAAUGGUACAAUUGUGAAAUAUUGGCUGUUUUCUCAGGCUAAAUAAAUAUCUGAGACUAGCACAAUUUUGGCUUAAGAAUGCUUUUCACCGACAGUCUAGCAAAAAUGCCAGUCAUGAAUUUUUAGCAUGAAUCUGGUGAGAAGCCAUCCAGAUUUUUGUCUUUUUUGCAAACAGGAACAUUAAACCACCUUCAUCUUCUAUUGAAUUUUCCUUCUUUAUGCAGAUCUGUCUUGUAUGUGGAUCAUGUACGGCAGGUGCAGCCUAUGUACCCACAAUGGCUGAUGAAGCUGUUAUUGUUGAUAAAAUUGGAACAAUAUUUCUUGGUGGUCCACCUCUAGUUAAGGUAAUAAUCAUUAUAAUAAUAAUGUUAAUAAUACAGAUAAUAAUAAUAAUAAUAAUAAUAAUUAUUAUUAUUGUUAUUAAUUAAGUGUCGUAUUUAACUGCAAGGCAUCUGACUGUCAUGUUUUACCUUUCUACAUGUAUUGCCAUUUCAGUUUGUGAAUUGGAAGAAAUAUUUUUAGAACUCUGCACUUGUUUACUCAUGUUUAAAGUCCUUACAGCUGUUAGAAGAGAGAGCCUUCCUACAAUGGUGUACCAAAAUUGAAUGUAUCAGAAACAAUUCUAAACUAAGAAUGUUGUGUUUAUAUGAAAUAUUUUUUUCUUUUACAAUGGUUCUUCUAAUUUGGAAUUUUUAGGUUAUAAGCACUUUAACAACCUUUUUACUUUUCCCCCUUUUACAAUAGUAUAAGGGUUAAUAGUUGUUGUUGACUUUCAUCCAGGCAGCCACUGGUGAAGUUGUUUCUGCAGAAGAACUUGGUGGUGCCAUGAUGCAUUCUAGGUUAGUAAACAAAAACUUAAUGUUGGGCUGUAACUAUUUUUUCAUUGACAAGCAAAUGCAGUAAGAAAAAGUAUACAGCUCUCGGAUAUAUAUAUUUUUUUCACUUGAAACUACCCAGGUUUUAUGCUGCUCAGCAAAACGGGGAAAGACUUGCUCCUGGCUCGGGGGCCUAAGUGAUAGCCACUAUGCUCAAUUUUCAAAGUGAAUUCAGCAAAAGCUCAAACCCCUAGUCAUUGUUUAUUUUUGAAGGGACUGAACUGUAUUGCUUCCCUUGCAUUUCUUCUAAUGUUGCAAUUGCCUUCACAUUUAGGGUUUUUACAUAUUUUUUUAUAAUGUAAUAUACAAUCUUUUUGAGAUGUUUGUCAAGUAGGUGAUUAUAUUGUGAUCUUGAUAGGAUGAUUUUAUUGUGAUCUCAAGUUGUAUUAAUAAUCCUUGUGCAUGUACAGUGUUAGUGGUUGUACAGAUCAUUUUGCAGUGGACGAAGAAGAAGCACUGGAGACUACAAGAAAUAUCAUUGCUACUUUAAAUUGGGAUCAGUCUAUAAUGCCAUCAGGUACAUAAAGUUAGCCUCUUGAGGUGGUAAUUGUUACACAGGAUCAUUCAUAACAAGAAGUUUUAGCUCAACACAGUGUUGUAAUUUUGGAACAGUAUUGCAACCAGUAAACAUCAUGGCAACGUUGCAAAGCUUUGUUGUGCUAUAAAUUGUUGUUGCAAAUCAUAACGUUUAGUCUGUCAGACAGUCAGUGAGUAAUUGGUUGGUCAGUCAGUCAGCAAGUUGAAUUAUGGUGAUUGGUCAGCUGGUCACUUGGCCAGUCAUUCAUUCAUUCAUUGCUUCAAUUUGUCCGCCAGUUGUCAGUCUAAUUGGUACAAUUUGUUAGUUGGUCUGUUAAUAAGUCUGUCAGUGAGUCGUUUUUUGGAGUUCAGUCAGUCAUUUUCAAUUGGAACAUGUUAGUUAGUUGGGAGGCAUAUGUGGCUGAGCGGUUAACACCUCGAACUCUGGAUCUGGAGGUCCGGGAUUCAAGCCUCGCCCGUCGCGUUAUUUCCAUAGACAAGGAACUUUACUCCACUUUGUCUCUCUUCACCCAGGUGUAUAAAUGGGUACUGGUGACAUGCUGCUCGGGGGUAACCCCGUGAUGGACUAGCAUCCCAUCCAGGGGGGAGUAGCAAUACCCCUAGGUGCUUCAUGCUAAUGAAACCGGGAUAAGCUCCGGCUGUUUGGGCCUUUGGCUUGUGCGCGCCUUAACCUUUUUAUGUCAGUUACUUGCUCUGUCAGUCAAAUUAGUCACUCUAUUGGCCUGUUAAAGUCAAAUCAGAAGUUAAGUCAGUUAUUCAGUUAGAAAGGCUAGUAUACCAGUCAUUAUUUUGGUCAAGGCAUUUACAUGUGCAUGUAGUAACCGAAUCAAGCCUAAGUAAAAGUUAGCUAGUCAGUUAGAGAUUCAACUUACUUAUCUUAAUGCUUACUUGCUGUCCUUUUUCAGAUGUAUGUGCUCCUUUGUAUGACCUGGAAGAUCUCUCAGUUUUGGCCUUGUAUGAAAGCUCGGAAUUUCCAAUAUAUCAGGUGAGCGUGUCAGUCAAUCCUUUUAAUCCUGAGAGUAGCAAACGUAAAAAGUCAAGAAACAUGAAAAUAAGUGGUUUCAUUUGAAUGGUAAUACAAUAUAGGAUAGUGACCACAUACUCAAACAUUCAUACAACCACAUGAAUGAAAGGGUUUAAUUUGAACGGUCACGGUCUUUUCGCUACAAAGUCGUUUCGCUUCAUCAUAAAGUCGAUUCGCUGCAACCAACUUUUUGUAUUAAACAGUUUAAAACAAUUUAGAAUGAACUACAAACGGUAAUAACGAGUUAACUUAGCGAAACGACUUUACAUCUUUGCAGCGAAUCGACUUCACUGCGCAGCUAAACGACUUGCAGCGAAACGACUUUGUAGUGAAACGAAACGACCAUACUCCCACAAUAGUAUUUCGCCCAUAGACUUAAAAUUAAGGACGACAUAUGCAUUCAAAACAAAAUAACUUCUGAAGAGGUUUCAUUUUCAUGAUCACACCGUACUCUUUUAUUCACAGACUCAAAAGUUGAGAGCAAUAUAGAAAACAAAUAGCUGAAAUAGUACCUUGUGAAAAUUCUGCUGAAGAGGUUUCAUUAGAAUUAAUCUUAACAAAGUGCAGAAGUGAGGAUUUUGUGCACAGACUCAAAAAUUAGAAACACAUUGCAUGAUGUUGUCCUUGAGAAAAUCUGGGAAUGGAACAGGUUGUAAACAAGACCUAUCGUUGCCCUGAAACGUCUGUGUGGGUUUAAGAACCCUUGAGGCAAAUAUUCUGAAAAGCUCCAGAGAAUUUGGUUGAAAGACGUCUGUAUGCUUCAGUUGUUUAUUCUUAACUCACACGUGUCCCAGACUUUACUGGGCUGUAUUUUCCAUGAGUCGUAAUUACAGGUUUUUUCGUGGGAAUUCUGGACAUAAUAUCAAGAGUUCAGGGGACAAAAUUUGUGGUCAAAGGAGGUUAUUAUUGACCGAUGGAAAGCUGUUUCAGCGAGCUUUGCUUCAAUGCAAGCCAUUUUCUUUGAAUAAAGCCGCUCUCUCGAAGAAAUUUUACACGACAACUAAUAACUCAACAUGCAUGACGUUCCUACCUUUGGAGGCCAGUUACAGGCAAAAUAUACACGUUCUGUACUGCCCACAGAUAUUUGAAGAAAAAUCCGCUUGGCCGAAAAAUGGGGUCGCAUGGCUCAAGCAAGCACGAAGGCGGCUCGGCCAGGAACACGUCAAACAAGCGGUAGAUUAAUUUGCAAAAUAGCAACUCUGCACGUGCAGCACACCUUUUUGUUACAUUUCUUUAUCGUCACGACACGGGUGCAACAUGAAAUUUCACGUUGUAUGGUGGACGCAAAUCCAGGGCGAAGAUUUUCUUUUCUUUUUUUAAACUUUCUUACGGUCCUAGAAAAUUCAACUUCUGAACAGCAGGCCUACAUUUGGAAUGACAGCGGUGAAACGGUUUGUAAAAGUGUAAGACAGCGCGAACUCACUUUCUAAUAACCUCUGUCCCUAUUUUGGAAAGGCUUGCUGGUGAAAAGAGGUUUGAAGCUCUUUAACCGGUAGUAAUAACUGUGAAAAGCAAAAGCUGCACUUCCCUGAACACGGCCCUCGCCUAGGGACCGUUCAUUUUUUAUGGGGUAGGGGGGGCUGGUGGGAUUUGGAGGAGUGUAAUUUGAAAAUUGUAUGACCCCCCCCCGAUUUCCGAUUUUUUUCGCAUGGCCCCCCCCCUCAUCAGAGUAAUUUUUAGGAAGGCCCCCCCCCCCAUGAAUAAAAAAAUACAUAAGGUAUUAAAAAAGUUACUGCAUUAAAAUUUCGUUUUGUUACAUUUCACGUAAUUUAGUGAAAGAAAGCUGAAAGCUAGAAAGCUGUUUUUAACAAAUCCUCACUCAAAAGAAUGAAAAGUCAAUUUCAGCUCUUCUUGUUACUGCUCGUCCUCAGCGUGUAGUAGCUGGCCGCUCGUCUACAUAUUCCUCGUCUGAGGCGAUAAUAGCAAGAACGACAUCAUUUGAGUCGUCUUCAGAGUCAGGGGCAUCACUCUUGUAAUCAUCAUCAGUUUCUUCUCCCUCACUGCUUUCACCACUGCUGUCUAGUUGACCUGAUUCAUUGCUGCCUCUCACUUCGGCUUGACCUGUUCUGAGAGUAUUCAUCUGCAGGAAGUGUCCCAUAAUUGUCUUGACUUUGUCAUUCUUGCUGCUCUUCUGAUGCUGUUUUAAUAGCCCAUGAUGUUGUAAGUAUUUGUUCAAUUCUGGCACACGGAGCUUUUUUAGUUUGGCGGCAUCUUCGCACAAAGUAGCCCAAUGAUAAUCAUCAUAGGACUUUUCUCUUGCCUCCCUACUUUCCCUUGCCCUUUCCGCCAGUCUCUUCUUUUUUUUAAAACUCUAUGACCUCAAGAUGCUGGAGAUAGUCAACCACAAACUUUGGUUUCACAAUGAAUUUGUCUCCAAAUCUAGCUACGCUCUCUGGGUCUGACAAAACUACGCUACCACUGGCAUGUGCCUUUUUCAACUGGACUCUUGGUUGCCAAUCGUCUGGAUGACGCCCCUCAUUUGGGGUCUGCUGAUAAGGAAGGUAGUAGUACUGUGGAAGGCAGGCAUGAUCAGGAAAUGGUUUCGGGCAUCUCCCUAUAGGUGGUCCAGUCCAUUCACAACAAAAAGAACAAACUUGUCCUACCUUUACUCCACAAGAAAACUUCAGAAACUCCCUGUAGUUCUCACCCUCCUCAUAAUGUUCGUUAAUAAACUUCCCUAUUUUCUGGAAGUAACUGCUGAUGCCGGCAUCCCAAAGAGACUCCAAAAAGCAAGUCUUGGUUUCAUUGCUAAUCCAAAAGGAAAAAGAUCGCUUUACUACAUGUCUAUCAUGAAGGAAGCUCACACCAAGAUGCGAAAGGAUGGUGAAAGCGACGAAUCCCUUAAAAAGCGAUUCACUGCUGAACGAUCCAGGCAGUUCGAUUUUUUGAUGUCAGAGGAGGCCGCUUUUCAAAGGGCAGAUGGUUGCUCAGAGAGGUUAGGAGAGUUACUACAACCAGAGUACCAGUUAAAACCUAGUGAUGGACGGACACUGAACUACGUUAUAAAAGAACACAGAGAGGCUGUUGAGAAACUGAAAGGGCAGUUAAAAAUUCUGAGUGAUCAUGACUCCACGCUCUUCCGGGCGAAUGGCAUUACCCUGAAGCCUGACAAGAAAUUCCACCAUGACUUCAAUGUGCAGCACAACGCUAGGAUUGAGGCAAAGCAGCUCAAGGUUUCACGGGAAUUAGAAAACCUCGAAAAAAAGAAGGAGACCUUUGACCAGGUCUUCAAGGGCUUAACAGGACACUAUGUGUCAAAAAAAAGAAAAUUAAAACAAAACCGUAGGAAAUCAAAGGGCAGAAAACGCAAACGGUUUGAAAACAACGUCCUACGCGUGUAUCAUAUCUGCGUUGCAAAUCCCCUUGCAAAAGAGCUUCCCAAUUGUCUUCUUUAUCCUCCCUCCAUGACAAUUCCGGAAGCGUGCAUAAACGUUGAAGAUGUAGCAGCAUUGUUGCUAACACGGGAUGCAGCAUUCAUCGCUCACCUACUGCAAUCAAGCUACUUCAGCAAGGCGGCACAAAGCCGGCUUAUUACCAACCUGAAGCCAGAAGUAAGAAACAGGAUGUAUUGCUUCCUGCAUCCUGAAGAUUAUAGCUCAAACGUCGGAGACACGAACAAAGAGGAAGAAGAAAACGACGAAGAAGAGGAAGAAGAGGAAGACAACGAAGAAGAAUAGGAGGAAGAAGAAGAGGAACACAGCGACGACGAGAUCGAAGAGAACGUCGAAAAUGAGGAAGGGGACACCUCGUAGUAGUUUCAUGCCCCUCCCAUUAAAUUUCUCAGAGAAAAGCUCUGGUAACGAGGUCAGCUCCAAUUCAGGAAUCAAAUUAUUGGUUUUAAUUAUAUGAGCUUGACAACAACAUUUUUAUGAAUGAAAAGAAAGUUGUUGCUAUUCAAGACUGUUAUUAUGGUAUGUUCACUGUCCUUAUAAAAUAUAAAAGCUGUUGAGAAGAUUUCUUGUUACCCUGGAACUGUUUUAGCAUAUUUGUUAUAAAUAAAAGAGCACAAUUUUUCUUCCAUUUGUAAACAUCUCUUAUCCUAUUUUUAAUCUAUUUUUUUUCGUCCGACCCCCCCUUUCCUUCAUUUUUUUUCGGCUGGCCCCCCCUUUCAAGCCAAUUUUUUUCGAGUGCCCCCCCCCAAAUCCCACCAGCCCCCCCUCUCUCAUAAAAAAUGAACGGUCCCCUAGAUGCAAGCACAAUGUUAGUCCUGUGAGAAGAACUAUCACUCCAAAUUCUAAUACUGUGAAUUUAAGUAGAUACAAAGAACACCUAUAAACGAAAUUCGGGCUUAAGGAAUUGCAUCUUUCGUCUGCAGUUAUAGUCUAUAAGUAUGUCUUUUAAAAAGAACUCCUGUUUAAUCGCUUCCUUCCAGUCCCUCAGUAAACUUUACAGAGAUCAAGAUUCACGUUUACCGCAAACGGCAAACGUUAGACUCAAGGUGAAUAGAAAAUAAGCAGAUAAAUACAGUCCCGAACGAUUCCUAUGAUUAAAAACCGGCAUAAAAGUACUUAUUUUUGUGUAGAAGCAAUAAAUAGUUAAUGGAAAAUAAGGGGAAAACUUGGUCACGUGGUACAAAUUUACGUCUGCCGUUUGGCGUAAACCUGUGUAAACGUCAAUCUCUUUUCAAAGAAAAUAGAUCCGCACUUGAUUAAGGGGGAUUCUGGUCAAAAGCCUUGUUUUUCGUUUAUUUCUGCCCUUUUUCUUUCAAAUCUAGCCAAGAUUUCAUUCAAGCGAAAAAUGGCGGCAUAAGGUCGUAGUGAUUAGUUCAAUAAAUAUUCGAGAAUUUGUGAAUAAUUUUUCUAGUGUUUUGAAUGAAUGAAAAUUAAAGUAAAAUUAUGGAAAAUUAGGAAAUAUUGGAUUUGGGGCUUGUUGAACAUAACAUAUGAGGUAAAUAAUAAGUAGUUGGCAAAUACCAGUUAGUUGACCUUUCAUACCCUAAUUUCUUUCCUUUUCACAUCGACUCCAUCUUCCCCCCGCCACAAAAAGAAAAAAAAAAAAGAAGAAGAAUUCUUUGUGGCGAAACGACCGGUAAGCCUCCCUUAAAUGAAGCAAUUUUUGCGAAAGGAGUGUGGAGAAGGUCGCUAGUUUGUUCGUUGUUGUAGAAGUUUUGUUUCAUGUGGUAUGUAAGGAACGCAUCUUAUGACUUUUGUUAAUUUUAUAGGUGUUAGCACGUUUGGUGGAUGGCAGUCAGUUUCAAGAAUUUAAGACUCAGUUUGGAUCAACACUUAUAACUGGAUUUGCGCAUAUAUAUGGGUACGUUUUGGACCAAGAUAACCUGGGAAUACAACCUUGUCUGCUGGCAAAAACUAAGCGAGGAGAAAUGGCUGUAUUCACAGGCUGUUGCCAGGGAAGCUCAAUGAAUAUAACCGGUUUCCACAAUAACAUCUCGAUCACUUGAGAUGUCUCAAGAUUGACGAUCCAGGCGAUCUAGACGAUCACAAUCUGGAGACACGCAUGAUGCAAGUGGGUCUUAAGUCAUUCAUUAUUCAUUCAAAAUAUUUGGCCGUUUCUGAUUGGCUUACUUCCCUCGGCCUUUUCUUCAUAACCAGCUGGCGCUGAUCGAAUCAGGAAGUUUUGAGCAAUAUACCAUCGAUAUUCAUUUUGGCUUUGGUUGGAUACCUUUGUUGUAACACCAACUUAUAAACAGUUGUAGCGUCGGGUUGUUUAACAAAUAAAAAAACCUUGUCUGUGCUCUGUUUUGUUGUAAAGCAGCAAGAAGCAGCUAGAGCCCAAACAAAGUGUAGGGGAAACACGAGACGUACUCGAGUGUUUCCGCCUUCUUGUUGAGUGCUCUAGCUACUUCCUAAGUACUUUACAACAGAAUAGUAAAUAAAGAAUCCAUUGAAUUCUCCGCGCAUUUCUUUCCAAUUUUUAAAACAAAUUAUUACCAGAUGGCGUGACAGCUUUAGCGCCGUGUUCUGUACUCUCAUAAAACACGCUUUUUCAGCCAAUCAGAGUGCACGUUAUAUCUGAAAUUUAUCAGUAAGAUACUAUUAGCACGGGCAAUUAUUGUUAAGGGCACCUUGGCGUUACUUCUGAAUUGCAUGAUUUGUUCUUUACUUUAGUUAUUUGGUUGGAAUUGUCGCUAACAAUGGUGCAUUAACUUCCGAAGCUUCCUUAAAGGUAAGGAAUUGUGGGAGAAGCCUUCCUUCCGAAUACGUGGUACUUUUUGUUAUGCUUUCAUUGGAAAGAAAGCUUCUCUUAGAAAUGUGAUGAUGUUGCCGUGUUAGUUCCACAUGGACGUUGUAAAUUCUGAGGCUCGUAGUUUAGUGCGUUUUCACUCACGUGGCCAGCAGCAUUGCAAAUUUAUUGGAGCAAAAUAAUACAUUUCCAGAUGAAAAGAUUCAAGGAACAUCAUCAUGGCCGCCGUACGUUAUGUUAAAACGUUCUUUACAUUGAACUUGCAUUGAAUUUUUUUGGCCAAAGACAACUAAGUUCUAACUCGUGUGUCUUUCGACAAAAUCUUGUGGUGUGUCAAUUCAGAUUAAACCUCGAUAAUAGCCUUCUUAGACGAUACCAUUCAUGAUUUAGAAACGAAUUGACUGGGGAUCGCUGUUAAACUGUGUAUUUUGAUACACAGUGAAAGCGGUGUGUACCAAAAGAUUCCAGUUAUCGCAGUGAACAGGGGUUUAAGGUUAAAUGCGUGAAUUUGUUAAAAAUUGUGUGAAGUUUAAAAGUUUAACUCGUCAUUUUACGUUUUAUUCUAAAACGGAAAAGUAUAUUGAUUUUUAAAAGAGUAAAUACAACGAAAAUACAGCUAAUAAGUCGAAACUUUAAUAUUGUCCUCUGUAAAUUGCAUUUUAAAUUGUGAUUUUGCAUCAACACCAAACAGCGAUAUCUUCCCGGAAUUAAUGAGGACGUCGACGACAACAAGCACGGCAAAAAAGCAAAACGUUAGAUAAGCAAAACAACAACUGUGCACGCAUUUUGUACAUCACCCUUUUUGGAACAUUUCUUUGCCGUCGUUGCACGACUGCGACGUGAAAGUGCCUAGUUUCACUUCUAUGGCGUGUAGCAGCUGCUUGGAAGAGAAGUCACCAGUGGUGCCUAACCCUGACCCCAAACAAUACUGAAACAAUUGAAAGAAUGACAGGUCAUUGUUUUCUGCAACCAAUCAGGAGAGACCAUACAAGCAGCUCCUACACAACUGCUUCUUGUGGAGGACGCGCCACAAGACAACGACUUCCUUUUUUUCUGAAAUUCGAUACUGUCGUUUAGGAGCCAACUCCAGAAACAUUUGCCAACAUUUGACGAAAGGAACGAGAUGGAAUAAGCGCGAAGUCGCUCUUAAAGUGACGUUUUCGUAACCGUCGUCGUCUUUAAAUUGUCAUGAUCUACGCCCGGCCUGAUUAAAAUAUCCUGAUACAAUUACUAGCAUGUUCCGCACUUCUCGUCGAAGAUCCCUCAUUAAAAUACAAUACAAAAAGGGGUUCAUUGACGAGUUUAUAAACACCAAAGACAUGGUUAAGUUAAAAGCAGUUUCUACAGCCGUGCUACGAGCCAUGAAGGUCGACACCACAAGUACACAAGUAAAAGGCAACACACAAAUAAGGAAGACAAUAUAAAUCAAAAACAUAUUUUUUGCUGACUUUUUGUACCCCGGCAUCAUUUCAUCUGACCGUUUUUCUUUGUUCGGCGUUUGGUCUUGAGUUUUGGUAUCUUGACUUGGUGGUGUGUCAUUUUGCGAGGAGGCAGAAGUCAGGUUCGAAACUGCAACGGCUUGUUGCUGAAUCUUUUGACGAUGUCUUCGGACCGUAAACAAUAUAUUGGUAUAUGCGAAGAGAGUAGCGAUUAAAAACAGCACGAAGCAGGUGGCGGAUAUGAUAUAGUAUGCUUUUAAGCUAAGAAGCCAUGAAACGUUACCAGAUGCACUUAAAAUCCAUGUGGAAACCACAGCGAUCUUGACUCUGUUAACGGUAACAAGUUCGUUGUAUCUCAGAUGUAGAUGAAGACCUAGAUAGCGAUCAACGCUUAGCAAAGUCAUGGUCAAGAACGAAACUGCAGAGAGCUGAUUCGAAGCAAGGACAAAGGCUACACCAGCCGCGCAGUUAAGAUUGGAGUUUUCAACAAAACCAGCUGUCUUGUACACGACGUACAAAGGUUGCGCUAACAGUCCUACUCCGAAGUCUGAUGCAGCCAGACCGAAAAGGAGAAAUGAUGUGGGAGAACGGAGACGUGGCCUUAGCAGAAUUGUCGCCAUUAUCAGCGUAUUUGUCAGGAUUGCUACGCAAGAGAAAACACCGUUAAUUACAGAGUUUAUAACGUAGACUUUAUCCAUGGUUCCUCGAGACUCCUUAAUAAAUCUCUCCAAGAGAGAACAAGAAAAUUGCGAAUCACCUCGCGUUGCGUUCUCUAGUGCACUCGUGUUCAUCUUUACCUACAAGCGUUUCUUGACCUCGACGACUUUGCGCUAAUCGAAGACGUUGAUGUUCACAACUGAACAAAUUUAUCAUAACCUUCUGCCUCUCUUGGAUGACUGCUCUUUACAGCUGUCGUACUAAGUGGUAACAAAACACCAGGGGCUUAUUGCAACUCUCUAAUAGUCUUCUGCUUAGUAUGAUUAUGAUUAGCAGCCUUAAUGAAAGCAACAGCAGGCAAACUGAAUCAACAAAUUUCACAUUCAGUUCAAACGUUCCGAGCAACAACUUUGUUGUGGAAAAUUAAAAUAUCGCGUGCUAGAAUUUCUUAGUAAGCCUAAAUACUGCUAACAGAGGUCCGGUGUGAGAUUCUAAAGAUGAAUUCGCAUGCGACGGGCAAAUAGAUUUCUGAAAUGGAAGGCUUCUCUGUUGAUUGCAUUUGUGCUCGUGUGCAUUGGUUUGAAUACUCUGGACAAAUAAUUCAUAAUAAAAUACAUAUUUAUAUUCCUUCGAAGGAAGUGAUAAAACCGCAUCAUUUAUGUACAACAUACAACAUGAGCUGUUGAGGUUCCUCGAUUAAUUAACUUGCAGUUCGUGUUUAGUACACUUCUCUUUUAUCUGGGGACUUAUUUAUUUUUUAAAUAAAAUAACAUUUCCAGUUGACCUUUCGCAGCAGUGGCACUAGUCUUUGCCUAGCGAGCUUGUUUUUAAGUUUUCUUUUUCGGGGCGUGGAAGGGUUAUUAGGAUCCUUAAUUUGUUGAAGCAAAAACUAGGAGUUUUUAUUGUAGUGGACCAGUUUAUUUUUUUUCUGUUUAGUUUAACGCUGCAAAAUAAUUUUUUCUUUAUAUCGGGGACGAACGCUACAACUCGUAUUUAAAAUACAGACUUUUAUGCAGAGUCGAAACGGGUCAAACAAGACCUCAUAAAGGCCUUACCUUGAAGGCGCGAAGAUAUGUAUUAAAGGUUGAUGGAAAAUGCAAAUAUAUACAUGUAUAUUUGAAGUUUAAAAUUAGCAUGUGAGUUAGUGUAUAUCCAGAGGCUAGCUUAUUAUUGUCAGCCGCUUUUAUUUGUCAGAAUUUUGCAUUAUUGAAGGCUAAAUUGUUAUUAGUUAAGGUGUUUUUUUUAAUUUUCAAUUAUAAGUUGGUAGGUCUUAUCCUAUCUAGAGAAAAUGAAAUGUAAAUAAACAUAGAUUGUGGGUGUUGUUCGACAUUUUUAAUUAUGGACUGCCUUAAAAUGACAUAAUGAAGUGUCCUAACAGCUGGGUACAUUUUUAUGUUAAAAAAGUGUUUUCGGCUUCGCCUUUGACAAAGGAAAACUUUCCGUUUUGCUAUAUUGACCCUCAACUUCCCUCACCCCUAGGAAUUCUUUCCUGCCUUUUAGGUUGUUCUUAGGAACCCUUUUAAAAAACGGAGGGAGUGCGUAAGGACUAGGAACCUUAGUAUACUACGACGGUUACAGCGGAGGGAACGAUCAGAACACAAUAGAUUUAGGAAGCAAAACAACAAUAGCCCAGGUUCGAUAUAUUAACAUUCUAAGUUGAAUUCGAGGCUCUAGGGUCAAAAUUGCAACGACUCCUCGACUUCACGACUCCAUAUUCUCGCAAUCCCCAGAAGAGACUUGAGCACAAAGAAAACCAAACCAAAUAUAGAGAUGACCGGAAAGUCUCGGAGUCAUGUUUCUUAGAAUUUUAAUAUAUCAAACGUGGGCUAUUAUUCACGUGCAUCACGCUUUUUUGUAAUUUUUUUGUGCUCAUGCACAAUUACGACGUGAAAGAACUAAAUUUUAAGUUAACUUGAAAACAGGAACGGCAAGAAGAUAAAUUCUACCAUCUCUGUCUGACGCUUCGGACGCGUUCCCCUCUCUGCAGCUUUAAUUGUAAUAACUGUGGGAAUUGAAACAAUCGCGAAAAAGUUUGAAGGGAUGGAAAAUCCAUUUUUCUGCAACGUUUUCAUUAGCGUCACCGUUGUCGGCUCGUAAGGUCCCUAAUAUGUUCGUCAUAUUCUCCUCUAAUGGCUCGUUGAAACGAAAACGGAGUUAAGUCCUGGCCGGCUGGACGCCCCAUUGGCUGGAGCGCACUUUAACCUUACUACAUCUGAUAAGAAUCUCUUCUCUUUUAAAAGAACAACUUAACCCUCUAGAGUUACUAAAAUAUAGUGUUUUUAUAUCUCUUAAAGGGAGCUCAUUUUGUGGAGUUGUGUUGUCAGCGAAAUAUUCCACUUGUAUUCCUUCAAAACAUUGUACCCCAGUCUUCGGCUGACUUAACAGUAGAGAAACGCGCCUGCUUGAUUAAAGAUCAAGCUAAGAUGAUGUCAGCGGUCGCUUGCGCCCAGGUAUUUGUACUAUAUGUAAGAUAAUGCCAGAGCCUCGAAAAUAAAAGUAAUCACCGAGCGCGUAGCGUGGGGUUAUUAUUUUUAAUAAGGCCGAGGAGCGAGGGCAUUAGCCAAUUCAACGCACCUUUCCGUUGUUUAAGAACCAGUAGUUUAUUAUUGUGGGCACUAAAAGUGGAACAGUAGGUUAUUAUUCGUAAUGAUGACCUCCUCUUGCACCUCAGUGAGCUGCCCUUCCAUUUAUUGAAAAUGAUAGCCUGUUCAUGCAUUAAUUGGGCAGAAACUGCACUGACAACUCUUCUCUUGCGUAAAAUCCCAACUAGCGAAUUGACCUGCCUUCAGAUAAACGGAUUCGUGAACUCCGACCUCUUAACUUCUCCCUUACUGUUUUAUAUUCAGCCACUUUGAAUUUCAGUUUGAGAGUUACUCAUUAGGUACGACUUUACUUGUGUUUUCUUCUGCAAUUUGUAGGUAAUUUUGUCGUGCUUAAAUGGCGUAGCAAGUUUUUCAGAAGCUUUUCCAAGUGGAUUUUUCCAUUGUUUUUUCUUUGCUCCAGUUCUUGAUAACGACUUCUCGCUUCUUCAGUUGUUUAUUGAACUUUCUUCGCACGGUUUCCUGUUGAGUUGCUCUUUUUAUAUGCAGUGAAGGUUAACUUUUUCUAUUUAUAUUUUAAUUUUUCCUUGUCUAUAGGUUCCAAAGAUUUGUGUGAUCAUGAAAGGCAGCUAUGGACCGAAUAAUUAUGCGAUGGUAAGACUAAGGGAGAGCAUUUAGCAAUAGUGUCUUUCCGCAGCGUCUGAAUAGGCCAUUUUCCAGUUGUGGGCUUGGUGUCCUAACCUUUGAGUGAACAUGAGGCUGAGGUUGACCUUGUUUUGAUAGAGACCUCCUUCCUUUUCUAAUGUAAAUUUUGCUUAAAAAAUACUAUUUAGAAAAACAAUUAAAACAUGAUUUACAUAAUAGAGCAAGCAGGGUUGUAUCAAAACAAGGUCAACUCCGCCUCGUUUCCAACUGUAAAUGUAAAAUGGGCUAUAGAGCGUUUUAACUCACGUGGCCAGCAUCUAUGCAAAUUUAUUGGAACAAAAGAAAACGUUUGCAUAAGAAAAGAGUUCAACUCCCGCAGGAUUGGUUUGGAACACCAAAAUGGCCGCCGUUUCAUUGUUUUGGGACACCAAUAUGGCCGUCGUGACGUCAUGUGAAAACACUCUAUUCGUGCAACGGUCACUUAAUUAUAAAAUGUUCUCUUGGAAGCAUGUGCUGUUUCGAUAGAGAUAUUUACAUUGCUUAAAAGCAAAGACAAAGAAAAAUUACAACUAGACAAUGAACUAAAUUUUGAAAUAUUGUACCAGUAAAAUAAGAUAGAAUUUAAAUACAGGGCUACAAGUGCGCCUCUUCUCUUAGAUAAAAUUCAAUCUUGUUUAAAUCAUUCUUACUUUCAAACGAGGUCAGAAAGGCUAAUUAUCAUACAUAUAAAAGAAUGUAUUAAUAGUUCGUCACUAAGAAACUGGUCUAUAGUGUGUCAUUGCAUCUCAGUCCGUAUUUAGAAUUCGGUUUGAGUGAAACAAGAUCACUGAUAUAUCGCGGAGCCGCACCAUGAAUGGCCUUGUACGUGAUAAGAAUAAUAUUAAAGUCAAUCCUGUGUUUCACGUUUAACCAGUAAAGAUUAGUUAACAAAGAAGUGCUAUGACAGAAUCUAGGAACUAUCUAUAUUAUCACCCAAGACCUUUAUCAGACUUGUCCGUCAAAUACGGGUUUUAAAGAAAGAUACGGCCAUUUAGACCAGCUGUUAGGUAAAUUAACUUUAAAUAAGCUUAAUCUUUCUUUUCAGUGUGGACGUUCGUUUGAGCCUCGCUUCCUCUUCACCUGGCCCACUGCUCAGGUUGCCAUGGAUACGGCGGAAAACAUGGUGGACAUUUGCGUUGUCGAGGUAAUGUAUUCUUGCAGUACAGAAGGAGGUAGGCGUAAAAAGGUUUGAUUGAACACGUUUAUCUGUGCUUAGGGCCUUUGAUUCGAUGGCCCAAAGCUAUCUCGGUAGUACUGGAACACUGACUAAUUCAGGGCUGGAAGCUCAAUCAAAUGUCUUAAACUCUUAUUAGACAAAGAGAGACGCGCUUACUAUUUUAGGGCAGAAAAGGCGGUAUCACUUCGUCCCAUCUGUGCUUACUAUUUCUUGAAUGUUCUCGCUUAGAAUACGUAAACUGUAGUCGACUAGAUAAAAGUUUCAAAACUUGGAAAAAAAACCUUUCUGACGGCAGGUAUGGGGAAUUUAAAACUCGAGUUUCUGUUGAUUUUGUUUUCUGUAGAACGGAGGUGAAAAUGAUCAAGCGGACGAGGAGAAACGUCAAGCAUUAAAAGACAGGUUACUUAAAAAGUAAGAUUGGCUCUUGUGUAUAUUACUGUAAAUCAGCCGUGAAUUUGAUGUCGUGGAUAAAAAGUAACAAAACCUGCUAAAUGUCUGUUAAGCAGGCACAAUUCUCGAUGUAUAUCGAUAAGGUGUCGGCGAUGUGUAUCGGUGAUGAAUAUCGGUUAGGUAUCAGUGAUUUAUAUCGGUAAGGGUUCGGUGAUGUAUAUCGGUACGGUGUCGGUGAUGAAUAUCGGUAAGGUGUGGGUGAUGUAUAUCGAUAAGGCUGUCGGUGAUGUGUAUCGGUAAGGUAUCGGUGAUGUAUAUCGGUAAGGUAUCGGUGAUGUAUAUCGGUAAGGUAUCGGUGAUGUAUAUCGGUAAGGUGUCGGUGAUGUAUAUCGAUAAGGUUUCGGCGAUGUGUAUCGGUGAUGUAUAUCAGUAAGGUGUCGGUGGUGAAUAUCGGUGAGGUGUCGGUGAUGUAUAUCGGUAAGGUGGGUAAGGUGUCAGUGAUGUAUAUCAGUAAGGUAUCGGUAAUGUAUAUCGGUAAGGUGUCGGUGAUGUAUAUCGAUAAGGUUUCGGCGAUGUGUAUCGGUGAUGUAUAUCAGUAAGGUGUCGGUGGUGAAUAUCGGUAAGGUGUCGGUGAUGUAUAUCGGUAAGGUGUCGGUGAUGUAUAUCGAUAAGGUUUCGGCGAUGUGUAUCGGUGGUGUAUAUCGGUAAGGUGUCGGUGAUGUAUAUCGAUAAGGUUUCGGCUAUGUGUAUUGGUGAUGUAUAUCAGUAAGUUGUCGGUGUUGUAUAUCGGUAAGGUGUGGGUGAUGUAUAUCGGUAAGGUGUCGGUGAUGUAUAUCGGUAAGGUGUUGGUGAUGUAUAUCGAUAAGGUUUCGGCGAUGUGUAUCGGUGGUGUACAUCGGUAAGGUGUCGGUGAUGUAUAUCGGUAAGGUGUCGGUGGUGUAUAUCGGUAAGGUGUCGGUGAUGUUUAUCGGUAAGGCAUAGUGAUAUAUCGGUAAGUUGUCGGUUGGUAAUAUCAGUAGGUAUCUGUAACUUGAGGUAACGGUGAUGCAUAUCUGUGCUGUAUAUCGUUAAGGUGUCGGUGAAGUGGUGAUUGCUUGUUUCUUAAGUAUUUUGUUAAGUUUCCUAAAAUAUUUACUGAAGAAUUCCUUCCAAUAAUUAGAUUUGAGAGGGAAUCAAAUGCCUACUACGGAUCAAGCCGAUUAUGGGAUGAUGGAGUUAUUCUGCCUCAAGACACGAGGAAGGUAAGAAUAACUACUAACUCUUUGUAUGAGGAGAAGAUUUAUGCAAGGAUCACAAACAAAACUCAGCGGACUUCUGUCAUGGCACGAGAUUACUCAAGUAUAUUUCAAUAA